CUCAGAACAUAUGAUUUUUAUUUUGAAAUGCAAACAGUUUAAAACAAUUACGAUUUCAGGGUUAUUUAUUGAGAUAUAUAUUAAGCCGGAAGAACAUCUUGGUUUUCCACCAUGAUGAUGGUUUUAUGUAAACAGUAAUGCAAUAGAGAUAAAACCGUACCGUCGUUUAAUGACAUUUCAAAACUUGAUGUUGACGCCGGUGUUUGGUAGUAAAUAAAUUAAAAACAUUCUUUUCUGGAUACAAAAAUUUUACAUUUUUGGAUAAAUAUAUUGCCCCAGUUAUAAAAAAGUUUAAUUAUGCUUUCACUAUAUUCUAAUCAUCUUUUAAGUCGGACUAUAUUGUUAGCAAGUAAUUCUCCUCAACGACAGAAGAUUCUUAAAGAAAUAGGCCUUUCGUUUAAAGUUGUGCCUUCUAAUUUUGCUGAAAACUUAGAUCAGAGUAGUUUCUCUUCACCUGCUGAAUUUGUCAAAGAAACUGCAAAGCAAAAAGCUUUGGAUGUUGCAGGCAGUAUUGAAGCAAAAGCAAAACAGCACGACUUACCUCAUCUUAUCAUUGCUGCUGAUACAGUUGUUGUUUUAGAUAAUAAAAUAAUUGGGAAACCAAAAUCUGAAGAAGAUAAUAUAGAUAUAUUGAAAAGGUUGAGUGGAAGAAAACAUUUAGUUUUCACUGGCAUAGCACUAAUCGUGUAUGAUAAAAAGAAUGAAAACGAUCCUUUCAAGUACCAUAUCAGAACAUUACAUGAUGAAACAGAUGUUCAUAUGGCGCCAUUACCAACAGAUGUAAUAGAAGCCUAUGUGAAGACUGGUGAACCAGCGAAUAAAGCUGGUGGUUAUGCAAUUCAAGGUUUGGCAUCAACAUUUAUUGAAGGAAUUAAAGGAGAUUAUUUCAAUGUUGUUGGCUUACCAGCUUGCAAGCUUGCUAAAGAGAUUUAUGACUUAUGUAAAUCCAGUUUAUUGUGAGAUUAAAAUUUUUCUUAACUUUUU